AGUUACAAAUAAUGUGUUGCCUACCUGAAACUUACCUGAAAAAGUGAACGUAAAUCCCCUCCAUGUCAGAUUCGCAGUGGUCGAAAGCAAUGUAAACUCAUGUUUAUGAAUAAUAAAAUCUGAACAAACUGUGAAAUACAUGUGUACCGUCCAUCUAGUCUUAGUUCAAUCACGCCGCUUUCAAAGUGUUUUCUUGAAUACUACCUACAGAGUGCGAUGGCUUCGAACGAUGCAACUUUGGAUGACCACCAGAGAUUUGUUUUGAUGAAGUUUCGGCGAAACGUAUCCGACAUCACAAAACCACAUCAUGACGAUAAAUUUCUCCUGCGAUGGCUAAGAGCUCGUUCUUGGGAUGCGGAAGCGGCGGAAAAAAUGCUCAGACAGUCUAUGAAAUGGCGUCAGCAAUGGGAGGUCGAUGGAGCCUUAAAGACUUGGCAGCCACCGGAAAGUCUCCUUAAUUUUUACCCAUGUGGAGUCUGUGGUUACGACAAAGACGGAGCACCUGUGAUAAUUGUUCCUUUCAAUGGUCUAGAUAUGGUCGGGAUUUUACACGCAUUUGGCAGAAACGACUUGAUUAAAUUAACCAUACAGACUUUGGAAAGGUUUAUGGAAUUGGCGGCCGAGAAAGGGGGCCAUAAAUUUGUUGUCAUUUUCGAUAUGGACGCAUUUAAUAUACGACAAUACGCCUGGCGACCAGCUGCUGAAGUUGUUGUCUCUUUGGUACAAAUGUACGAAGCGAAUUAUCCUGAAAUUUUGAAAGCUUGCUAUAUUAUUAAUGCUCCAAGAGUUUUUGCUAUUGCUUUUAAUGUGAUAAAGAGAUUUUUGAACGAAUAUACUUUAGGGAAAAUACAAAUUUUUAAAAAUGAUCCGAAAAAGUGGAAAAAAGCCGUACUUGCCAACAUCGAACCCGACAAUUUGCCACAGCAUUUCGGGGGUACUUUGAGUGAUCCUGAUGGGAAUCCCCGGUACACAACCAAGAUAAACCAAGGCGGUAAAGUCCCCAAAGAAAUGUACAAAACAACUUUCGACAUUUCGUCAACCACUCGUCAUUACACAACAGCCGUCAUCAAAAAAGGCGAAAAGUUAAAACUGGAUUUUAUUGUAGUUGAAGAAGGAAGUUUCUUGAAAUGGGAAUUUCGCACAGAAGCACACGAUAUUCGAUUCGGUAUCAGUAUGAUAGAUGCUGAAGGCCAAGUCACUCCAGUUAUCCAUCACAAACGCGUAGCAGCACACCAGAUAGACGAAAGCGGUGUCAUAGCGUGCCAAGCACCAGCUACUUAUACUGUGACUUUUGACAACACCUACAGUCUUCUCAGAAGCAAAAAAAUUCACUAUGAGAUCCACAUCGCCCCUCCAUUGGGCAAACUUGAUAUUUUACCAAACGAAGAUGAAAUUAAUGGGAAUGUUAAAAAUGAAGUCGCUACAACAAGUGCUCAAUCUAAUGAUAUUAUAUGAUUUAUUGUUAUGGAAAUAUAAUAAAUUGGUUAUUCAUCAGUAAAUAACAAUUCUAGGAG